AUGAACAUUUGCAUCCUCAUCGUGGGCACUCGCGGAGAUGUCCAACCAUUUCUAGCUAUUGCGCUACGUCUGCAGGAGGACGGACAUCGUGUUCGAUUGGCCACCCACGCCGUCUACCGCGAGUUUGUGAUGAGUCAUGGUAUCGAGUUUUACCCACUGGGAGGCGAUCCGAAAGAGCUGGCUGCUUACAUGGUCAAGACGGGGGGUAAUCUAAUUCCGAUGAAGAUCAAGACGUUGACUGAGGACGUACCACGCAACAUGCAAAUGAUCAACGAAAUCGUCUUCUCCACGUGGCCUGCAGUCUCCGAAGCAGAUCCGGACGGACAAGGUCCGGGCGUUCCUGGUCCACCAUUUCGAGCCCAAGCCAUUAUUGCUAACCCUGUUUCGUACGGACAUGUUCACGUCGCUGAACGUCUCGGUGUUCCCCUCCACAUCAUGUUUCCUCAGCCAUGGGUGCCAACCAUGGCAUUCCCACACCCCUUGUCGAACUUGGCGUAUACUGGUAAAUGGCAGAAGAAGAACUACCUCUCCUACAAACUCGUCGACAUGAUCAUGUGGCAGGGAACAGAGGGAGUCAUCAACGAGUUUCGAACGGAAGUUUUGAAGCUGCAUCCGAUCCGCAAUGGUGAUUCAGGUUCCGAGUUGCUCUUGGACUUGAGUAUACCGCACUCGUUCAUGUGGAGUCCUCAGCUUGUGCCGAAACCAUCAGACUGGGGAGAUUUGUACGAUGUCAUCGGCACUGUGGCUCUGAAGGGGCCUGCAUCCGAGUACUCUCCAUCUCCACAACUUGAGGCAUUUCUGGGAAACGACGGAGGUCCGAUCUUCGUGGGCUUCGGCUCCAUGGUGUUAGCAGACCCUCUUGCAACAACGAAGAUGAUCAUCGAAGCCGCUACACACGCUAAGAUGCGCGUGUUGAUCCAGUCAAGUUGGACCGAUAUGGCUGGCGAUAUUGACAUUCCCAGUAACGUCUUUUUUCUUGGCAAUUGUCCUCACGAUUGGCUGAUGCCCCGAGUAUCGGCUGUCGUUCAUCACGGAGGUGCUGGCACUACCGCUGCCGGCUUACUUGCUGGAAAGCCGACUUUCAUCGUGCCAUUCUUCGGAGAUCAGCCGUUCUGGGGCCAAGCCGUCCUGAGUGCUCGCGUUGGCGUUCCGCCCUGCCCCAUCGCACAACUUACGACUGAAAUCCUGCAUAAUGCCUUCGUUGAACUUGCCAACCCAGACCUGCGCAAGCGAGCUGAAGCCAUGCGAGAUCUCAUGGUGCGAGAAGACGGCGCUGGAGAAGCUGUACGCAGAUUCUAUCACCAUUUACCGACGCAAGAUAUGUGGUGCGACUUGGAUCACCAGCGUAUCGCCAUGCAAUGGAGCGUACACGACAGGAUCAAGCUUUGCGACCGGUGUGCGUUCAUCGUACGAGAGCGUUCAGAAAUCCAAAAGAAGAAAUUGGUGCGCUACCACUGCGUCGACUAUUCCGCUCGGGGUCCCAGUUCUCUGCUGACAGGAGUCGCAACAGGCGCCAUCGUCUUUGCCCACGAGUUGACGGGAGGGUUAACAGGAGUCCUGCUUCAGCCAGCUAGAGGCUUGAUUAAUGGCGGUGUGGUGGGGGCUGUCAAGGGGGCAGUCACUGGCGUGUACUACUUGCUGGUUCGACCUGUUCAUGGCGCUGUGCUCUUCGCUGAUCGUGCAGUGGCUGGGCGGAAAAACGCCAAACGAGAAGAAGGUCACCGUAAGCUGAAUAAUGUCUUUGAUCGUCAUCUGAUGGCAGCCUUGGGGGUCCAGGAUGGCUUGGCAGACACCUUUUGCUCUGCCACGAGUCCAAAUGCUGUGGAUAUCGUGAUUUUCGCGCGCAGGAAAGACCGCAAGAAGAUGCUGGGGAGGAUGCGGCCGUCUGUGAGACAUCGGUACUGUGCUCGCUACGACGGGUCAGCAAUAAGACUUCGCCUGACUCGCCUUACGUCAGCUGGGACUGUCAAACUGAAGCUUGAGAUUCCAAGUGAAUCGGCAAAUGCGGUGGUCUUGUCAGCCAUCGCAUCUCAAGCAUCUCACGUUCAUGCCUCUGAGUCUAUCCAGCCAAAUGCAAAGACCAAAAGAUCCAAGGCGUCAAACCCACUGAUACCACACAUGAAUAUCUGUCUUGCGGCUAUCGGUACGUGGGAUAACGGAGUGAAGCAGUUUGUAGCCAUCGGGAUCAAGCUCAAGGAACAGGGACAUCGUGUACGGAUUGCAGCCAAUGAACGGUUUCGCACCGAGAUCAUGUUGCGCGGUUUGGAGUUUUAUCCACUCGCUGGAGCACGCGAGAGCGUUCAAGAUUUUGCCAAGUUUGUGUACGAAAGCCAAAACGCAGCGCGGGUGGCAACUCCUGGCCGUCUCGGUACAGGCGCCAUUCAAGCCUUCAAGGAGCUUAUUUACUCGCUGUGGCCAGCAGCCUACGGAUCCGACCCUCACGGUGGUGGUGCUAACCUCCCUGGGCUUCAUUUUCGAGCCGAUUCACUCUUGUGGCAUCCACUGCUUCUUGGUCACGUUCACGUAGCAGAACGACUUGGAAUUUCACUCCAAUGUGCGAGCUUGGAUCCUCUUUCACCGACAUAUUGUUUCCCUCACCCUCUGAGCUCCAUCAACGGCAUUGAACCGGCAAUCAGGACCUUGUGUCAGAGUAACUUGAUGACGUAUGGGGUGGUUGAUACCACUCUAUGGCACGGGGGCGUCCAAAAAGUCUUGACCCAGUUUCGCGCCUUCAUCGGGCUCAACAAACGAUGCAAUCUUCCUGAUCCGCUGGUUCGAUGGGAGAUUCCUCACAUUUAUCUCUGGAAUCCUGCUUUGCUGCCGAAGCCUCUGGACUGGGGAGCUGAGCUGUCAGUUGUGGGUCAUGUGACGCUCGGAUCUACGGACGGUCUUAGCCGAAGGAAACGAGCGAAGCGCGAGAAAGAAGGCAAUCGCUUUAAGUGGCCCAGUCAGCUCGCCGAGGUUGUGUUCAAGACGCCAUCUCCUCCAGUUAUUUACUUCGGUGUGUCGACGCGAGCCAUGGAACGUGAUGAUCUAGACAAAUUGUUACAAAACAUCGACGCUGCUGUCAGUGCCCUAGAGCAAAAAGUACGCAUCAUUUUCCAGACUCGCGAGAUUGGUGACAAGACGCGAGCGCCCUACCAGUCUGCGAAUGUCCUCCAGAUUCGCAGCGAUCUAGAGUACGCACGCCUUUUCAAAGGAAAAAAUGUGGCUGCAGCGAUCCACUGGGGAGAGCCCGACGUUACUGCAGAAGCUCUCUCGGCUGGCAAGCCUGUAGGUAUUUGCGGCACACAUACACUGCAUCAUUUCAUGGCGUGCGUGUGUGAGCAAGCUCAAGUGGGUCUCCCAUUGAUCGACUGGAAGACUUGCACGGUCAAGUCUCUGGCCUCGAACUUUCGGGAUCUUAAAACCUUUUACGCCAACUUACCACUUGAGGCGAUGCGCUGCGACGUCGAUCCGAGCAAACUCGCGCGAGUGUUUGACCCUCCCCACAAGCUCAAGCUCUCACUACCCGUUUACGUAGCGAUCCGAGAUAAAACCAAAGUUUUUGUGCCGUACAAACCACUUCAGUUCGGCGGCAAUCUUCCCCCGACAUCUUCCAUCCUGGGCAACCCCGUAAAAGUUUCCCAACAAGUCAAGCCUUCUUGCCAAUUCGAUGCUGUCCGUCAAACGCUGGACCUCCUUGAGGAUAACAGUCAUCUCCCGGGUAGCAGGACAUUAAGCUGCUCCUCAAUCGUCUCCAAUCCCGGAAGUCUCGUUGCAACUCCAGAGCAGAUCGAGCUGUUCUGGUCUUCUACACAAGAGGAAUCUGCAGUGCGUAAAGCCACCACAGUAGCCUACGAGCGUCUUGUCAAGAAGCCGCAGCUCACCACCAAACGUGAAGCAGUAAUGCGCUUCUUUAGAUUUCGGAAGUCAACACAGCGUCGUGAAGCGGAGCAGUUGACCUUAGUGGAGUAG